AUGAAUGCAGAAAUUCUUACAUUAAUAAGAUCCCAAGAAGCUCCGGGCAGAGACGACUAUGGGAAGGAAUCCAAACCUCCUAGAGCUGUAUUACUCGAUCGUAUCGUCAGUUGUAAUAGAGUCCAAGUAUCUGGAAGUCAGCUACUACAACUACCAACAUGUAUCCUUACCGAUAUUGCCGAUUUACUCCAUGCUGAUAGGGCUAGCUUGGGUGCGCUGGCCCUUGUGAACAGUACUUGUCAACAACUGGCUCGUUCGAGUCAAUUCUCGGAAGUAACUUUCAACUACGAUCACCGAUCACAAUGUAUCAUCCAGAAGAUAGCAGAAGAGCACACCACUUCGCAUAUAAGCCAGAAGGCUGGGCUGGGCUGUUGUGUGCGCAAGUUUACGAUGACAUCUACAUCAAGGAGGACCGAUACUAGUGGAUCACUUGAAAACAUGAAUCAACUGGAGCUGUAUAAAGAAGACAACUCUUACCAAGGACAACCAAUCAACUUAAUACUAUCCAUGCUUGAGCUUGCUAUGCCGAAUCUUCAGGUCAUCGAGUGGCUGGACGACUUUCAGCCAAAUAAUCACUUUCUCAGAAGAAUGAUGCUAUCACCAGCAAAGUCUAUCAAGAUCGGGUCUUUACAAAUGAGAACUGCAGAUACCCAUGCUUACAUCCAAGGUUUCGACACAUCGUUAGCGUGGCCGAUACGACAUCUUUCGUUUAACCCAGAUGACAUACUAUUCAUGUCACCCGAAUUGGGUGAGGCAAUUUUGCGCAGCUGUGCGCCCACGAUUGAAUUCCUGAGCUGGAGUCAGUAUCUGAAUUUAAAAUUAGAGACUAUUAGUGUCGCCGAGAGACCGAUUGCAUUCCCGCGGCUCACAAGCCUGCAGCUGAAUGUGGUAUCGCUGUCGACAGAAGUCUAUUUAUGUUUCCUUAGUCCACGCUUGAGACAGCUCAAGCUACCUUUCUGCUAUAACGGUCAAGAGCUUACAGAGGCUCUCUCUAGGUGUGAUACUCUACGCGACUUAGAAACCUUAGCAAUCCCUCUUCUCCCCAUUAAAGAGGAUUAUGCAGAACUCAUGUACCGGUUCAUCGCGAGACAUAGUCACAUAAGGAAGCUAUUCAUAGCGGAACAUACAAAGGCAAAAGGAGGAGAGGCGCACCUAGAUUCCUUUCUUAACACAUUUCUAUCCCCGAACCGAUUCAGGAAUCUGACAUCUCUCUCUCUGUCAUGGGGAGGGGGUAGUGAGAGAGAGGAAACAAAACCCCAUAUUGUCCAAGUAUCAUUCCGAUCACUCUGCGCAGUUGGAAAGCUGACGGCUCUUAAUCAACUCAGCUUGGCUGCCGGGAUCUUAAAGGGGGGCCAGUGUCAGUGGUUGAUAGACCAUGACCAGAUGCGUGUCGCACUGGGGAAACUACAGAACUUAAGAGUGUUAGCGAUUAGUCGCGACACAUACAGACAUGGGCCUAACCCUGCCGUUGAUGAAUACUAUUCCAAUAGAUUCAUCACAGACCAGGACGUGAUGGAAAUCCUUCAUUUAAGAUAUGAAGACUUGGACGUCAGAUCUGAAGAACGUGAGACGAGACAACAUAUUGCCUUGAGACCCGAAGAAGAACGGGCCUGGGAAAAAUGUCAUCGUAAUCGUAUGAUACGCGAGGCCGAGAGAUAUUCGAAUGUGUUGCGAACCCUUCGAUGGAUAUACCUAGGACAAAGGCCUAUGGCCAUCAAGAGGAGCCUUCACGGAGAACAUCGGGAGAUUGUGCCUUUGACUAAAGAAAGGGACAGUUGUUUCACCUACCUAAGAGAAUUAUUUAUGUUUAAGAAUCUAUAA